UGAACCGAAAUGCUUCGCGCGGUGAAGUUAAAUGGGAAAUUUUCGGCUUUCGUAGACAUCAUCUGUUAUCCCGGCCGGUUGAACAUAAAGUCGCUGUAACUUUUCUCUCGAGAGUCCAGUUUUCCUGUACCGUACAGCUUUCAUCGAAAGAGAAACAAAACUCACUGCAAUCGGUAAAUUUGUGAGCAUGUUAUCAAUUGUCCAGUCAAAAUUCCAAGCCAUGUAGAACAAGUACCCGAAUAGGUUUCAAAAACGUCUGCUUUAGCAGUCGUUAUUCCAAGUCAAACAGUAAAUGGAUGAGUCAUGGGUUGUGAAAAACUUGCAAGGCUUAGUCUCGACUGAGAGUAUGGCUAUGAAGCUUGAAUGCCGGCGAAGAUCAUAGGAAGGAUAAAAGCAAAUCAAUAAUUGAUAAAAAGCAAUCUGUGUGAUCAACGAUGACGAAGAUUGGGUCUCAUAAAUAAUUAUCUUCGUCUAUCCGAAAAACAAUCGAAUUACACAAUACAAUGCCGUUCAGAGAUUAUGUGCUAAUCAAGACUAAAUCCUAUAUAAUCAGGAUGAAUCGAGAGGAGAAUCUUUGCUGGUUCCAUGGAAAAGUAUCACGCGAACGGGCAGAGGAAAUUUUAAGACAAGAGGGCGGCGAUGGCAUCUUUAUGGUACGAGAAAGCAGCUCAUCCGAAGGAGAUUUCGUUCUGUCCGUGCUGUUCCAGAAAGAAGUUGUGCAUUAUCAGAUCCGUCGCCACGGGGACGAUGCAUUCUUUUCGAUCGAUGACCACACACCGAUUCAUGGGCUGGACUCGCUGAUUGAACACUACCGGGAAUCUUCCCACGGAUUGGUCACUCAACUACAGGCCAUCUGUCGCAGUGAUCCUCCACCACACGACGUGCGUAGUCACGGGACAACGAAUUUGCUACACAGAGCAACGAAAGAAUGCAACUACACCAUUGUCUCGGAACUAUUGAAAUGUGGCUACAGGAAUAUUGAUUCUAAAAAUCAAGACGGACAAACAGCGGUUCACUUAGCAUGUUUACACGCAGAAGCUCGAAUUUUAGAGAAGCUCAUCGAGCGAGGGUCUAACAUUAAUAAUCGAGAUGCUCAGGGAAAUACUCCACUACACUAUGCCUGCCGCAGGCAUGAUGGGCUAGAAAUGGUUCGUUUAUUAAUUAAUGCUGGGGCAAAUAUUCAAGCACGAAACAAAGAUACCGGAUGGGUCCCGUUACAUGAAGCUGCUGCCAAUGGAAAUCUCGAGUCCGUUAAAGAACUUUUGGCUAAUCGCGUAUCUCACAUGCCCAGAACCAGCUUCGGAGAACUUCCAGCCGAUCUGGCUGAAGAAAAAAACUACUUCACUGUAGUGGAUUUUCUAAAUAGCUAUGAACCUCCGCUUCCUAUGACACACAAAGGUCAAUGGUAUCACGGAACACUAGACCGGCAAGUAGCUAUUGAAAGCCUAAAAGAACAUGCUCGUAAAUUGCGACCAAUCAGUCACGGAAAGGAAAACAAGGAAAAUGCGACAGAUUUAGAAAAUAUGCCCGACACAUCUGGAAUUUAUUUGGUACGAUAUUCUACUAAGCAUGGCGUGGAUGUUCUAACCUUGCUAUUUGAUGGCGAGGCAAAACAUUUUAUUAUUCAGAGAAAGCAAAACUAUUUAUACAUUGACGAUGGUCCUUACAUGACAUCCCUGGAGCACCUUAUAGAACACUACAGUCGCUUCUCUGAUGGACUGCAAAUCAAUUUGAAGUUCCCGGUUCCACCAAAACCCAAACCACCUAUACCUCAGUUCUCCACAAUUCCUAAAACAAAGCACAAACCAGCUAACAUUUCUCAGAUGCCAGUUAGUUCGCCUAGCAAUGGAACCAUGUCGUUUAUUCGUAAAUCAAGCGACAACAGUUUAUCCAGAACCCAGCGCCCUCCUGCUCCAAUUCGAAAUUUGUCCGUUCCGAAUGACAGCAUUUUACGACAAAUGAACAAAGUUGGUCUGUCUGAACCUGGCUCAGAACAUGUCCCUACCCCGAAGUCGCCCAACACCGAUGAGAGCAGGGCAAAGUGCAGUACUUCUACACAAAAGAAAAAGAAAAAUAUCAUCAUAGACGGCAUGAAAAGUUUACGAAAAAGCAAAAUGAAGCAGGAACCACAAACAGAUCCUGAGCGUCAGUUAAACAGAGACAGUCUGAUUGCAAAAGUCAUGUCGUCCAACAUUCAAAUAUCAUUCUCUUCGGAUUUCUCAUUACCUCCAGCCAUUCCUCUUGAUAUCUCCGGAGACUUGUAUAACGUACCGAGCAACAACUGUGCCAUUGUGGACAUCGAUAUCGGCGAACCAAUUCUCCCGCCCAGUCGUGUGACCGAUAGUAUCAACAACAACGGACCAUCCACUGAAAGUAGUCCUUCCCGGGCACACGCCACACUUGAACCACGGAGAUCUUCCGGAGCUACCGGAAUCAUCGAUCGCUUCACCGAAAGUGAUAAGGAUAUCUACAACGAGAACAACCAACUAGAUAACAGUAUCGAAGAAAUCUACUUUAUUGAUGCUCCGCCUGCUUUACCUGCUCCUCAUCCUCCACAGGUUGUGCACUCAGAGAACAACAAUCCUCCUAAACCACCAUUACUUUCACCGGUAGCUGCUAAUACUUCUACCAAUUACAUCGCCACACGGAAUGUGCCUGUUAUAAGCAGCAUUUCAGUAGAAGAAUGUGCUUCCCCCACUAGUCCUUCACCCUCUGUUCUAAACGCAUACCGGCACGGUGGUCCGUUCGAACGGCUGGACUCCACCUUGUCUACCGUAAGCCGUGACAGUAUCCAAAGCGGAGAUUCCGAGUUCCUUUGUAUUAUCCAGCAGCAACAGGAUGAAGACGAGAAACUUCAGCUGAAACUAAACCGUAGUAUUUCCAAUCGUCCUAACUAUUUCAUCCCCAAGCAAUGUAUCAUCACACAAAAGGUCCUCGGACGUGGAGAGUUUGGUUACGUGUAUCAAGGGUCACUUAUUCCAUGCCAGCUGGAUUCUGCAACAGACUUAUUGGUCCCUACUACUGACAAUCCCUCUGAAUACAUACCGAUUGCAGUCAAGCAACUAGUUGAGAGUCAGGGUAAACGGAAUAGAGCGGAUUUCCUGCGGGAAGCUAGCGUUAUGAUCCGACUAAGGCAUCAUUGCAUCGUAAAACUAAUCGGUAUCUGCAAAGGGCCUCCGCUGAUGAUGGUCGAAGAAUUGGUACCACUUGGGUCAAUGCUAGACUACAUCAUUGCACAUAAAACUACAAUCAAUCCUAAGCACGAAUUGGUAAUCUGGGCUGCGCAAAUUGCCUGUGGAAUGCAAUAUCUUGAACAGCAUCAUUUCGUCCACCGGGACUUGGCAGCACGCAACAUACUGCUAGCCCAUCGAUAUCAGGCAAAAAUUUCCGACUUUGGUCUAUCUCGUGCAAUUGGCGCUGGGGAUGAUUACUACCGAGCCAGUCAAGGAGGAAAAUGGCCAAUUAAAUGGUACGCUCCGGAAAGUUUCAACUACGGUACAUUCUCCCACGCUAGUGACGUAUGGUCCUUUGGGGUAACAAUAUGGGAAAUGUACUCCCUAGGUCAACCACCGUAUCACGACAUGAAGGGCGUAGAUGUUAUCAAGUUAAUUGAGAACAACCAGCGACUUUCACAACCAGAGCUAUGUCCUAACAGAGUGUUUGACGUUGUGAAAAGUUGUUGGAGUUUCAAUCCCAAAAAUAGACCGACAUUCAAAUUUCUAACCAGAUUUUUUACUGACGAUAUCGAGUAUCAAAAUGUGCAAGAGCUUGUGCAAAGUGGAAAGGAAAUUAAUGCCAACAAUAGCAGUUGAGGUGAUUUGAUUUUCAGUAGCAAUGUUAAAAGUAUUACUUUUCGUUUAUUUUGUCCCUAUGAUUUGUGUUUGCUAAUCGAAUUGCUACAAUACAGGGCUUUUUACCAUACGACAGAAGAUGGAUAGGAACGAUUAUGGCCAAUUUAUCUUUCAUACUUCUUCUCCAAAGUAUCUUUUUUAAUGUGUUGUGCAUAUCGUUAGUCAACCAAUAUUUAUUCGCAAUACAAGCAGUUGCUUGUAGUUCUGCUAACAAUAUGAAUGUUAUACCUCUUAUAUUUAUUUUAACCUAUCAUUCCUCUCUACAAAAAAUAUCAAUCCGAAGAUAAACAACUUAACUAGUAAAAAAAACUAAGACUCAACUGGAUUGGAAUUGAUAUUGUGUCAUAAUAGAGAAAUCACUAUAUGAUUUUUCGCUUGUUUUAUGUGCCUUCAAUCAGUGUAUUAUUAGAAAAGCAUUUAAACUUGUCAUUCGAAUUCAGAUUUCAAAAAUGUUUGCAACCAAGAAACGCUGAAUGUAUUACAAUAACAGUGCAUGAAACAUAAAUAGCAACUUA